AAAUAGAUCGAGCGCGGCAUGGACUUCAGCCCUCAGAAGAAGGGAGCUGAACAAGAUCACAGCAGCUUCGAACACGACGACGAUUACGAUGAGUUCGGAGCUGAAUCCACCACCUCGAGGCCGUACCCACACGACAGCAAACCAAAGCCCAAGAACAAGGCAGAUCAGUUAGAUCACAAGGCGAGCUACCUGUCCGGCGCGGCAAAUCCAAUCCAUGGCGGCGCACCCCACGCGACGGCGCCGGUGCCGCCUCAUAGCUCGGAACCGGCAGGUAACGCGAUCGCGGCGGCGACCGGCAACAAUGCUGCUGAAGCCGCCGGCAAUGGCGUCGGCGGCGGCAGCUUGGACGGCGGCGGCGGCGGCCCGCGGAGCAACAGCAUGGAGAGCAGCAGCACCACGUCGGCGCACGUCCGGCGGCACACCGGCGGCGACAGCCGGUGGGACGCCAUCCAGCUGGCCACGGCGUCCCUGGAGGCGCCGCUGAACCUGUGCCACUUCCGGCUGCUCAAGCGGCUGGGCUACGGCGACAUCGGUAGCGUGUACCUGGUGGAGCUCCGCGGCACGUCGGCCUUCUUCGCCAUGAAGGUGAUGGACAAGGCGUCCAUCAUCAGCCGCAACAAGAUGGCCCGCGCGCAGACGGAGCGCGAGAUCCUCGGCCUCCUCGACCACCCCUUCCUCCCCACGCUCUACACCCACUUCGAGACGGACAAGUUCUACUGCCUCGUCAUGGAGUACUGCAGCGGCGGCAACCUCCACUCGCUCCGCCAGAAGCAGCCCGGCAAGCACUUCACCGAGCCCGCCGCCAGGUUCUACGUCGCCGAGGUGCUGCUCGCCAUGGAGUACCUGCACAUGCUGGGGAUCGUGUACAGGGACCUCAAGCCGGAGAACGUGCUGGUCCGGGACGACGGCCACAUCAUGCUCUCCGACUUCGACCUCUCGCUGCGGUGCAGCGUGUGCCCGACGCUGGUCAAGUCGGCGUCGGUGCACUCCACCGGGAGCGGCGGGGGCGGCGGCAGCGGCAGGGGCGGAGCGGACGCCGCGGACGGCGAGGUCCUCACCGCCAACCAGGGGUGCAUCCAGCCGUCGUCCUUCUUCCCGCGCAUCCUGCCGCGGCGCAGCCGGAAGCCGUCCAGGAGCGAGCUGGGGCUCGGCGGGCCGCCGGCCGUGGAGUUCAACGCGGAGCCCACGGACGCGCGGUCCAUGUCCUUCGUCGGCACGCACGAGUACCUGGCGCCGGAGAUCAUCCGCGGCGAGGGCCACGGCAGCGCCGUCGACUGGUGGACGCUCGGCAUCUUCCUCUACGAGCUGCUGCACGGCUGCACGCCGUUCAAGGGCGCCGGGAACCGCGCCACGCUCUGCAACGUCAUCGAGCAGCCGCUCCGGUUCCCCUCCGACGCCGCCGGCGGCGGGCCGCCCACCAGCUCCGUCGCCAAGGACCUCAUCCGCGGCCUGCUCGUCAAGGAGCCCCAGAAGCGGAUCGCCUUCACCAGGGGCGCCACGGAGAUUAAGCAGCACCCCUUCUUCGACGGCGUCAACUGGGCGCUCGUGAGGAGCAUGACCCCGCCAUCGGUGCCGGAGCCGGUGGACUUCCGGCAGUACGGAGCCGACAAGGAGAAGAAGGUGGCCGACGCGGUGGCGCCGGCCGAGGCGGCACCGGCCGGUCACGCCGCAAAGUCAAACUCCGGCGACUCUUACACGGAUUUUGAGUACUUCUAGGACGUACUGAUGGUCGACAUGCAUAUUCUUACGACUUACUGUACAAGGUUAGAUUAUCCUGAUUGAUCGAGGACUGCUAUCUUUUAAAAAAAAUGCUUUGAUCAUGCAUUGAUCUUGUAAUACAAUACUUUCAUGUAACAUUUGACUGCAAACUAAGUUCUAUCAUUUAGCCACGCCGUCAGUUACCAUUCUGAUCAUCAAAACAAAAUGCAUUUGG